AUUAAAUUACUUGUAAAUCUUUUUGAAGCAAAGAGAAGUGAUAAGAUAAAUUAGAGAUUUGUACUUUACCAAAUGGUCAAAUACACAAAUGAAAAUGCAGGAAAAUGAACAAAGUGGUGCUGUCUUGACAAGCAAUACCUCACAAACAAGAAGUGCACAUUCUGUUGCCACACUUGUUGAAGAGAUAGUACCAUCAAAUACCAUCUUAAAAACAUCUAAACAUUUAACUAGAGGUGAACGUUUGCAUAAAAAUGUACAACAAUACUAUAAACGGCAGGAGGAACUACAGAGUAUGUUAGCAGAUGGUGACGAAAUUAACAAGGUUAACGAACCAGCUUCUAAAUUUGCAACAAGAGCAGCGAAAAUUAGUUUGGCUUGUAACCUCUUGUUGUUAAUUGGCAAAACAAUUGCAUGUGUGCUAUCAGGAUCAUUAUCUAUCAUCUCAAGUCUGGUUGACAGUGCAAUAGACUUGAUAUCUGGUGUGCUGAUAUGGUUGACAAACCGAUCCAUACGUAUGACCAAUUUCUAUGAAUACCCAGUUGGGAAGACUCGGCUGGAACCAUUAGCAAUUACAGUGUUAUCUGUGAUUAUGGCGAUUGCAUCGUUACAAAUUAUCAUUGAAUCUGUUCAAUCAUUGGUGAAGAAUUCAUCUGGUCCAGAUAUGUCAUUACCAACCAUUAUUAUCAUAUGUGGUACUAUUGGGAUAAAAAUACUUUUAUUUCUGUAUUGUCGUAGAUACAAUUCACCAUCAACUGAAAUACUAACACAUGACCAUCGCAAUGACGUCAUUUCAAACAUAGUUGCAUUAACGUUUGGUUAUAUCGGUGACAGAUGGUGGAAACCAGGUGAUGCUGUUGGUGCAAUAUUGAUAAGUACAUACAUUGCAUAUGGUUGGUUUAGUGUUGGAUGGCAACAGGUCAAGAGUCUCUCUGGUUUCACUGCCACUCCAGAGCUUCUAACAAAGCUCUUACAAGUGUGCUGUAAUUUUGACAACAGGAUUCAAUUUAUUGAUACCCUAAGAGCAUACCAUUUUGGAAACAAUUUGAUUGUUGAAGUUCACAUUGUGCUGCCACCUCAAAUCACACUUCAAGAGGCGCAUGAUGUUGGCGAGCCACUACAACGAAAGUUAGAAAUGUUUAGUUUUGUUGAACGAGCUUUUGUGCAUAUUGAUUACGAGUGUGAGCAUCGCCCUGAGGAUGAACAUUAUAUUGCUGAAAAUGUUAUGGACUUAUCAUAGAACAGCUUAGUUGACGUUUAAACCUAUUAUGUUGAAUAUGUUGAAUAUGAUGUGAUGUGAUAAAACCUACCUUCAAUAUCU